AGUCGGAGCGACAACAAUCACCCCCCCCUAAUUAGAGUGAAACUCAGUUUGUACUCGAAGUAGACUAACAUAAAAAAAAAAAAAAAAUAUAUAUAUAUAUUUUUUUACACAAACAUGGAGUCCGGAUUACUUGGGAGUAAAACGAUGUUGUUUUGGUGCUGUUGGCUUGUGCUGUCCUCAAGCGGAGCUACCGGUAAAACAUCCCAUUCUCCCUCUUCACUGAACAUUUUCACCCCUCACCUUUACUGGACCUGUCCAGAAGGGGCAACCUUCAACCCUGACUGUGCCCAGACCGGGGUCCCCUUGGCCCGCUCUGAUGUCGUAAAACACGUCUGGCUUUUCACGCCACAUAGUGACCAACAUUGCAUGGGACCGUUGGGCCCGCGCCACAUGACGUAUGGCCAUUCACAUGGAAACCACAGCUUGCCACCGGGGUUGAAAUUUGGAUAUUCAAAUAACAACCUCUGGAUGGUUCUACAGAAUGUGACCAUUGCUGACCAGGGGCGAUACUGCUGUAUGGUCCUGGACUUUCAGCAAGACCAUAAGCACAAUGGUCUUGUGCAGAGUUCCCACAGUCACGUUAUACUCCAUGUGACACCACGAAGAAAUGGAUCUCAAGAAUGUACAGUCCUCGAUCUUAAACUACCUGGAGGGGCUAUGCCAGUGGCCGUGGCCAUAGCAGCCUGCAUCUUGGCUCUACUUUCGCUGCCCAUUAUUCUGCUGCUUGUUUACAGACAGAGGCAGAACAGCCAUUCCAACAGACGUGCACAAGAGCUGGUGAGGAUGGACAGUGAAGCUCAGGGCCAUGAGAACCCAGUCUUUCUUGGGGAGUCACCACAAGUGAAGACCCGGACCGUUGCUCAAAUUAUGACAAGGCAGUCCUCAGGGACAGGUCACCAUCUGUUAUCUGAACCAGGAACCCCCAUGUCUCCUGCGGUACAUGGGGACGUUUUCUUUCCAAUAGAAGACACCAUCCCCGAAUCUCCAGAAAUCCUUCUGCUUUAAAGAGGGAUGAGACUCCCUCCUCGCUGUAACUCCUGACCUGGAAACAGCUUUGCGACUUUUUCGUUUUAACCUCUAUGCCUCAGGAUCAAUGUUUCCCUUGUUCUGUUUCACAAUUGCCUCUGCUGGGAAUGUUGUCUGUGCAACCUUGUUCGGUCUGUAGGAGGUAUUAGACUUGACCACAUUUUAAUUUCAAACACUCCUUCCUGCACCUGCAAAAGCUGGAGGCCAGAAGCAAGCUGUGAUUUUGAACUCCUGUGUUGCAGCAGGGUUGAGAGUACGUGUGAUCUGCCCCAUCUAAAUUCUGACUAUGGCUGUGGGUGGGGUCGACUCUGUUGUUGAGCGGUGGGUCUUGCUUUGUGCAAGGUUUCUCUGUCAGAAGGACAAAGUAAAUCAAACUUUUUCUUGUGUGAGUUUGUUUUCAUUGGCUAGACAGGCUCACUUUUAAAGGUUUUGCCCAUCAAUGACACGAACCAUUUCCAGCAGUGACUUCAGGAAAGAGGCGGGCUACACCCUGUUGAUUGCAGGCCAUGGUCAUUGAAAACGGAGCAUUGGGUGAAAACUGAUCCCACGACAGAUCCCAGAAUGCUGGCUUGUGUUUGCGGCUACACCAAUAUGAAUGUACAAACAUCACAAGCUACUUUUUUUUCAAGAUUAAAGAAUUCUAUUAGCGUGAUUUUGAAAAUGAAAGACUUGAAAAUAAUGUUCCCUUAGGGGUCUAUGCGAAGUUCAUGUUGAAGGAUUACACUCAGUCAACUCAAAUCUGCUGUAUGUUUUUAAUGAGCGAUACCACAAAACUGCCAUUCGACACGCGGAAAACAGUUUUAGUUUGUUCUGGUCUUGAUCAGGUGAGCUGACCUGAUUAUGUGAAAGUGAAAAAGAGAUGUGCAAGUCCUGUAGCUCAGCAUCCUUUCACAAUGACUUUGGUUUCUUUCCACUGUGCCACGUCACUUAACUGUCAACUCUGCUCCAAAUACACAAAUCAUUUUUAUUCACAAUAGUUAUAAAUUUGCAGUGACGAAUAUAAUCAGAAUGUGUUGAAAAUUGCAGUCUUUAAACAUUAGUCUGAACAAUCAUGUAUAGUUUGAUAAUAGCCGAGAUUCUUUAUUAAAAAUAAUAUAACUUUUAAUCAUUGCUGUGUUUGUACAGUUUUUGGUGGUGGAUUUUACUGUUUUUAUGUUAGAAUUUGAGCAUUGAAUUGGUCAAACAUAGAGUGACUGUCUGAGUUACGUGUGGAUGAAUGACAGCGGAGAGAAAAUUGAGCUAUUUCGAUGAUGAGAGACUUGGUUUUUGUGUACGGCAAGUACUUAAAGGAUAUUUUGUUGGAUGUUCAUAGAACAGGGUAUUAUGUAUAUACUAGAUGUAUGUUUAGUUUUCUUUGGGAUUUAUGCAGCCAAAGAAGAUUUGUGCAAAUUUGCCCAUGUGUGAGUGAUAACAUAUGUAUGUUUUUGUCCUUGAAUCAUACAGAUUGUUUAAAUAAUAAUAAUAAAAAAUUGAUCUGUUCCACCUGUUUCCUUAUUUAUCUACUUUUUGUUACAUUUGGAAAGAUGCAACAGACUCAUGGUUAUCGUUGAGGUCACAUAAGCUUGGAGCCCCAACACUUACAGUUUGACGCAUUAGUUUAAUGUAAUCCAAUGCAUUCAUAUGGUAAUGUGGUGAGGCAUCACACUGAAUUAUUUUUACAGUCCAAUGUUCUUGAAUAUUGCUGACAAUUAUGAAAUGGAAAAGUAAAGCUUAUCUUCCGCUUUUUUAAAAUAGGACCUGCUGUUUUUUUUUUUUUUG